UGGCAACCAGAUGCAGGGGCCAUGGCCCUCUUAACACCCCGGGGAGUGAAAGAAGUCUUCCAAUCUCAGAGACCACAAGGUCGGGAGCGCCUGCGGAGGCUUCUGAACUGGGAGGAGUUUGACGAACAGAGAGACUCCCGGAGGAGCAUCCUGCUGGACACCCUCUACGAGAGCAUCAUCUUUGCAGUGGGCAAAGGCUUCCCAUGGGUGGAGGUGGCCCAGGUGGUCAAGUUCACGGAAGAGCUGCUAAAGGAAACCAAAGGCUGCUCCAUUACUGAGGCUGUGACGAUCCUGGGGAACAAGCUCAGAGACUACCAGGACCAUUUCAACACCACCCACCUGCUGGCCCUCUGUGACUACUUCCACCAUACCUUCAUCCGCCACUACAAACUCUACCAGUAUGUCCUGGGCCAGGACCAGCAGGUCAGCCUGACCGUUGCCCACCUGGAGGUGUGCAUGCCACCCCAGCCCCUCCCGCUGGCCGAGGGCAUGGACAGGGACUUGUGGACCCACCGGCAGCAGGUGGCGGCGCUGACGGAGGCCGAGGCACAGAAGCGCGCCGACGUGCUGCUCCUGAAAGAGACGCUGCUCCUGGAGCUGGAGAGCUCACUGCAGAACGUGUUCACUGCUGCUGCGCCUGCGCAGCCUGGCCGGGUCCUGGAGAGACAGGAGUUGGAGAGCCUUGUCCGCCAGGUCAUCCACAUCCAGAUGGAGCUCCUGCAGGAGCUGCUGCAGUGCAAGAUCCAGAACACGUUCGCCAUCUUGGACCUGAAGCUUCAGAAGAAAACUCUGAACCUCAACGCCCCCACCCCUAACCCGCCCCCCAUAACCAGUCAUGCAGGCCAGGAGGAAGCCCUGAAGCCCCACAGAGUGAGCAAAGAAAAGAAAGUGAAGGCAAGGAAGUAGAAGGUCCCGACUGCCACAUGAGACUGACUGGGGACCGGUCACCCACAGCCAUGAGCCAUGCAGCAUGGUGAGUUCAGCACCCACCCACAGAGAGACUUCUCAUGAUUAAAAGAAACAAACCCGUGC